GAGAGAGAGAGAGAGAUGUCGAAGGCACGAACAGUUGGGAUUGGCAUGGACUACUCACCCACAAGCAAAUCGGCUCUGAAGUGGACGAUCGAUAAUUUGAUAGAAGCUGGAGAUCGAAUCAUCAUAAUUCAUGUUCAAUCUCCGAAGGCUGAUCCUACCAACAAGCAGCUCUUUGCAGACACUGGAUCACCUUUGAUACCUCUUGAAGAGUUCAGAGAGAUUAGUGUGUCCAAGCAAUAUGGACUUACCCCUGAUCCUGAGGUUCUUGAUAGGCUUGAUACAGUUUCCAAAGCCAAAGGGGCAAAGGUAGUGGCGAAGGUAUACUGGGGGGAUCCAAGGGAGAAGCUGUGUGAUGCUGUGGAACUUCUCAAACUUGAUUCAAUUGUUGUGGGGAGCAGAGGCCUGGGAGUCAUUAAAAGGGUGUUGCUUGGGAGUGUCAGCAAUUAUGUGGUGCAAAAUGCAACAUGCCCUGUCACGGUGGUGAAGGGGACACUACCGCCGUCCAAGCCAACCAGGCAUGUGCUAAUUGAUUAGCAAUUGAAUUACAAGAAAUAUAAGCCUUGGGAUAUGAUCAAGCUUAGUAGAUAAAGUUUUUAUGUGUGUGUUGGUUUGUAUUUUCCCUUUGGAUUUCAAGCCAUUAGUAUUGUUUUUUGGGCUUUGAGAUCAUUAUAGCUUUGUCCCUAUGUCAUUAUCUAUUGGUGGGGUUGCUCACUUAUUAGUGGUGCAUGAUUCCCCAAGAAAAAAUUGAAGAGUAAAUAUAUCGGAGGAGAUGUCAAUUCUCUCAUCGAUUAUGUUCUGAACAUUUGUGGAUAUUUAUAAAUCAUGAUUGUUAGGUGGCAACCUUUUGGCUGUUCAAUAUGUUUUUGUUGUAAUAUUUACUCCUCUGAGGUUCAUUUUUUCCUGUUACAAAAUUUUUCGGAAGUCCCCAAUGAAUUGACUUAUUU